GUAGAUGUGAAAAAUAUAAAAAUACGAACAACGAUUUUUCUCCAUUGAUUCUGUAAGUUUGCUUUGAAAAUAGCGCUGGUCUCAUAACUUGUUUUCGGCCAAUAAUCUGGUUCUUUGCUUGGUCCUAAACCUUUUAGAUUUUGUCAGUUUUACUUUUGCUUUCAGCUCAAACGUUUCACUUUUCCACUUGUUUCCUGUUCCUAGACACAUAUUGAUGCUUAUUGAACUAAUUGGAAUGGCAGAACCGAAUAAAAACUCUGAUAAAACUACAUUCAAAGUGAAGCAUUUUGAUGAAUAUCAUGACAUAGUCAUUGAUUGGAAUGAUGAUAGACAUGAAUAUAAAUACCAACAAUUAUUUGAACAGCUGGAAUCAAUAACUGGAGUACCAAAUAGAUAUACAAAUGUACUUGGCCUACGCAGACUUCAACCUACGACCCUACCCGAUUAUUUUUACUGUGGCAACCAGAUAGGGAUACAAGGUAGACCAGAUAUCAGUGAACCACGUCUUCGUGAUGGCGAAUGUUUUCGUCUGAUAUGUAACUUAUCAUUUGAAUGGUUUAGAUACAACCGUAUUUGUAUGAACUACAGUCUAGUAGCUGAAGACGGCAUUCCUGAAGGAGUCUGCAGUCAAUUUUUUUGUCAAAACCGAUACAAUAAAGCUUACUUCAAAAACAUAAAAGAUAUCGUUAAUAACGAGGAAUUGAAUCUAAAAAUUUCACAGAUUCUCCAACCAGUGGGUAGAGGUCAACGCUUAAUAGCUGACCAGGUUUUCAGAAAGUUCAAUAUUAAACAAUAUUUCAGUAGGAAUUGUGAGUUUUGGUUUAGGAGGAUGGACCCUGAUGAACGUAUAUUUCACCGUCAUGAUUAUCAAAGAAAUCGUGGUUAA